ACGGUAGAUACCUGUGCAAGACUGUAACGAAUGAACAGGUAGGCCUACGUGCUUCAAGUUUAAACUGCGAACAAAUUGAAGGUAAAAAAUGGCAUCUAAAAUGGCGAUGUGUGAUCCCUGUUCUAGACUGAAUAAAUCAUCCGAGGGAAUAAGGGUUUGUACUGAUUGUGAAGAUGUGUUAUGUACCGAUUGUGUUGCUAUACACAGUGCUGUCAAAAUCCUUGCUACUCACCACCUGGUGGAUUUGUCUGUAUCAGCGGAGAAUGAGUUCCACAUCAAGAGAGACUGCAGUGAUCACGAAGGCAUGUAUUUCGAGUUUUAUUGUUCAGACCAUGAUUGCUUGAUAUGCCGAACUUGUAUGGCAAACACGCAUCGCACUUGUGGUAAAAUUCAACCAAUAGAUGUCGCUGCGAAAGGUUGUAAAUCAUCUGCAAUGGUGGAAGAUAUAACAAAAGAAAUUACUUCGCUACUCAAAGCGACAAAGGAACUGGUAGUUGAUAGACAGGAAAAUAAAACACGAGUAGGAGAAAUAAAGGCAAAAAUAUUAAAACAGACAGCAAAGAUCAGACAGGACAUAAACGGUCACUUAGAUCAACUUGAGAAGAAAUUGAUCUUUGAAGUAGAAACAUUAGACAAAACAAUUCGCGAAAAGGCUUGCUAUGAUCUCGGUGAGGCGGAUAAAAGGCAAAAUGACAUUAAAGAUAUGUGGCAAAAAGUAGUUUUUUUCACUAAACACGGUUCAGAAAGUCAAUUAUUCAUUCAUCUGAACACGAUAAAGCCUGAUGUCUCAAAACAAGCUCAAAGUUUUCAAUACCUCAUGUCAUGCUUGGAAUCAAAUGAUAUGGAUUUCGAAGCAACAGAUUUUAUUUCUGUAAUAAAAUCUUUCGGGUCCGUAAAAAUAAAGUCUAGCUCAUGUACAGUGGCAUAUCAACCCCCAAAACACUUACAAGCACAAACACGGGAAAUAUUUUCAAAAGUGCCAUCAACAUUUGAGCUCGAAAAGAAAGUUGAAAUUCCCGCUGGAAGAAUCACAGGCAUGGUUGUUACAAACGACAACAAGUUAAUCCUCUGUAAGGAUGGUAUCGAUGGAAAUAACGUUUCAAUGUGGACAGAAACAGGACAACACAUAAAGUCAUGUACUGCUGAUGGUCGGCCGUUUGGAAUAGCUAUCGUCCCAGGAACAAAUGAAGGAGUGGUGACAUUGAGUAAUGCUAAAUCCAUUCAGUUUAUAAAUUUAACAACUGUAACAACAGGUAGACUAAUUGCCAUCGAUGUGUCAUGCCCCAAUGGUGUUGCAGUUAUCAGGGACAGUGUUUAUGUCGGUUCAAAUGAUGGUAAAGUUUCAAUUAUUAACCUUACAAGCGGAAAGUGUCAAAAGACGUUAAAAAUUGGAAGAACAUUUAUUACAGCUGUAAUUGCAUUCGUAAAGGAUAGAGAUGAAAGAUUAUAUUGCUGCGAAUAUGGUGGUGCGAAUCUUGUCAGUUGUAUAAAGUUAGAUGGAACACGUGUUUUCUCUUGUCCUGUUUACGGACCAAUGACUUUAGCACUAGAUUCUAAGGGAAGUUUGUAUGUAACAGGAUACGAUUCUAAUGACUUACAUCGUAUUUCACCUGACGGUAAGGUAGAUGAUAUAAUUUUAAAGAAUUCUGAUGGGUUAAAUCAACCCUUGGCUGUUGCUUUUAACAACACCUACACCAGAUUGUACAUUUCAAAUGCCGGUGCUAAAAAUGUUAUGAUUUUCAAUUGUAAAUGA